AUGUCCGCAGAUGCUGAUGCUGAUGAGGUGCUGUCUGUGCUGCGGGGUUUGGACCCCGUGUUCUCCUCUGCAUACUCGAGACUCUACAUCACAAGAGUUUAUUUCUACAAGACUCACCCACUCUUCCAGGUGGAUGUACUGGGGACAGUUGUUUACAAGCAGGAGAGAGAAGAUUUCUACUGCUAUGGAGUCUUGUCUGUUACUGGUGUCAUACACUAGCUUUGUUGGAAAAAUGAGAAAUGGAGUGAUUAAGGAUAAUCAACUAAAUGUAAUUUUUACAACAUUCUCUUUAAAAUGAAAGAUGAACUCAAACGGCUGAAGGAGGCUGAACGGAAGAGCACUGUGCUGGAGAUCGGAGACCUGCUGAGUGUACGAGGAACUGUCAAAACCUCCAGGGAUGCGAGGGAGAUCAGGGCCACCUCCUUCUAUAAAGUAAAUGACCCUAUGAUGGCAGUGCUGAUCUCACGUAUGCUGGAAAUGCCUCAGCUGUACAGAAAGUGCCAUGAUCAGCCGUUCCGUGACCUGGGCGGCACAGAGUGAGUCACACAGAAAGAUUCAGGUGGUUCCUUACUGUCUCGGUCAGUUCUUGCUCUUAAGGAGUUCCUCUUAGAGAAAGAGGUGGCCAGGUUUCAUCCUUAUGAUGUUGAGUUCCUCUUACAUCCACUGAUUCAGAGUUCUUCAGCUGAACAGGAGAUGGAUCUGCCUGGGAUAUCAGUUGCUACACAAAUUUGAAAACUUCUGAAAGAGACACUGAGCAUUCUCCAAGAUGAGGGACAAAUAUUUCGUAAAAUGCAGACCCCAGAUGAAGUCUACAAUGUAACAAAGCAAGACAAAGAUCUUCACAAAGCAAUCAAGGACAUUUUACGAGAGGAUACCAAACGGGAAAAGUAUGCUGAGAAAGGAUGCCAUGUCCUGCAUAUAUUGUCCAGCCAAAAUCUGAGUCGAGAGGUGCUGGAGGUUACCCUGACAUUCUUAGAACGCAAUAGUGACAUAAGCACAACAGAAGCGCACUACACUGUUUUGUUGCAUUGUGUUUUAAUUCCAGAAAAUAUAAUAAGAAUGUUAAAAACAAUAAGACAUAUUGCUAACAAGUUACAGAAUCCAGUUUUAUUUAAAUCAUUAAAGUCACUUUCAUCCAUUAUUUAUCUUUUUAAUAACCUUUUUUUUAUUUUUUUUGCUUGUUUUUGUUAUCUUGAUGAAACCAGUUCCCUUUCACUUACAGUGAUAAAGAGUGUCCUGGAGGUUUGUAGUGGGUGAGCUGAAUGGGUCGUUUAAAACUGUAGUUACACUCAAUGGCCUGAGGAGGUCACUGUGAGCAGAUAGAUACGUUACUGUCCACGAGCACAUCUGUAUCUGUGCACGUUCAGGUAUCUGCUCAGUGGCAAUAUGAGUAACGAAAAUCACGUCUUACACUGUCUGUGAUAUUCUUGCUCAGCAGUCGUUUACGAAAUUGUUUGUAUGCGUAUAGACCAUGCAUAUUUUGCAUUUAUAUUUAUGGAACGUUUUUCAAAUGACAGUUCAUUUAUGGUGUGUGACACGGUUUUAGUGCAGUCCAGAUACGCUACUGCAUUCUUUUCUCUCACAGUUGGCCUUUAAA